AUGGCUCGCACGAAGCAGACGGCCCGCAAGUCCACCGGUGGCAAGGCUCCCAGGAAACAAUUGGCCACCAAGGUGCUCAGAUCUUCCUCUUCCCCUUUUUCUAGGGUUUUCGCUCCUCUCCUGCUUCCUCCUGGAUUAAUUCCUUCUAUCGAUACAUCUGCAGGCUGCUAGGAAGUCUGCCCCGACCACAGGCGGGGUGAAGAAGCCCCAUCGCUACCGUCCCGGCACUGUUGCUCUGAGGUAACUUCGUCCCGCUAUAAAUCUUGUUGUUGACGUGGUGUGUUGUGUUUUUCCUUGGUCUGAUACCAUUUCCACGAUUGUUAUUCAGGGAAAUCCGCAAGUAUCAGAAGAGCACAGAGCUGCUGAUCAGGAAGCUCCCGUUCCAGAGGUUGGUGAGGGAGAUUGCACAGGAUUUCAAGACCGAUCUCAGAUUUCAGAGCCACGCGGUCCUCGCUCUCCAAGAAGCGGCCGAAGCCUAUCUAGUGGGACUCUUUGAGGACACCAAUCUCUGCGCAAUUCACGCCAAGCGCGUAACAAUCAUGCCCAAGGAUAUCCAGCUCGCCCGCCGUAUCCGCGGAGAACGUGCCUAA